AACUCAAGAGCAGCAGGAUAAGAUUUUGUGGGAUUUGGUAGUAGCUCUCCAGCUCUGUGUGAUGUUCCAGGUCUUUUCAGGAUUGUAGGCACUCUAAAAGAAUGGGAGCAGUACCAGCACCUCUCCUGGUUACACUUCUAAUCAGCCAAGUGCUCCAGCUUACGUUCUGCUACGAUGUUUUUAUCGAUGGCAAAAAAGCCUCUCAAGUUAUCCGUGUGAGGAGAGCAAACACACCCUUUGAGGAGCUCAAGCAAGGAAAUCUGGAGAGGGAGUGUGUAGAGGAGAUCUGUAGCCAUGAGGAGGCUCGAGAAGUGUUUGAGCAAACUGAUAAAACGACUCUAUUUUGGGAAAAAUACUUGGCUUGUGCUGGCAGCACAUUAAAGAGGACUGCAGAUAAUAUUGUCAAAAUUAGAACUUGCAUACAUCACAAAGAUAACUGCUACCUUAAUAUUGGUGAUCACUACAGUGGUAAUGUCAGCAUCACUGUGUCUGGAAAGAAAUGCCAAUACUGGAAAAGCAACUUCCCCCACAAAAUCACUGAGGUUAAUGCAACAGAGCUGAAGCUUCCAGAGAAUUUCUGCAGGAACCCAGACAAGAGCCCUGGCGGACCCUGGUGCUUCACUAGUGACCCCACUGUCAGGAGAGAGAAAUGUGCUGUGGCAAAAUGCGGUGAGACAUUACACCCUGUUCCAACUGUCCCUGUAAAGCAAUGUGGGAUCUGCAAGACUGAAUGCCUUGCUGGCAGUGGGGAGACCUACACUGGAGACUUGUCUGUGACUCUGCAAGGCCACACCUGCCUGGACUGGAGCCUGCCCAAAGUAAAGGCCCUGAGUGUUGGGAAGGAUUUCAAACCAGAGGUGCAACUAUUGAAGAACCACUGCAGGAACCCCGAUGGAGAUCUGGAGGGACCAUGGUGCUAUGUGAUGAGUGCAGCUGGAAACAUCACUAUGGACUACUGCAAUCUAGAGCUGUGUGAUGCUCCACUGGAAGGGAAGGUAGAGGAGGACUCAGAUCGAAAGAGGACAACCAGUGAGAAAAGGAGUACUUUCUUCAGCCCUCGCAGCUUUGGCCAAGGAGAAGAGGAAUGUGGAGUGCGUCCCCUGUUUGAAAAAGUCAGCAAAGCAGAUGAAACAGAGUCUGACCUCAUCAAAUCAUAUGCUAAAAGAAUUGUGGGAGGUCUAACUGCUGAAGUAGGAAGCGCCCCAUGGCAAGUGAUGUUGUUUAAGCGCAGUCCACAGGAACUGCUGUGUGGAGCCAGUUUGAUCAGUGACCAGUGGAUCCUCACUGCUGCCCACUGCAUCCUCUAUCCACCAUGGAACAAGAACUUCACUAUUGAUGACAUUCUUGUCCGCCUUGGAAAACACUAUCGUGCUAAAUAUGAGAGGGGCACUGAGAAGAUUGUGGCAAUUGAUGAGAUCAUCAUUCAUCCUAAAUAUAACUGGAAAGAGAAUCUGAACAGAGACAUUGCUCUACUGCACAUGAAGAAACCUGUCACCUUCACUAAUGAGAUCCACCCUGUCUGCCUGCCCACCAAAAGUGUUGCAAACUUAUUGAUGUCUGAAGGCUUCAAGGGCCGUGUGACAGGCUGGGGUAACCUGAAAGAGUCAUGGACAUCGAACCCUCAGAACCUGCCCUCAGUGCUACAGCAAAUCCAUUUGCCUAUUGUCAACCAGGACGUUUGCCGCAAGUCCACCUCUAUCCGUGUCACUGACAACAUGUUCUGUGCAGGUUUCAGCCCAGAUGACACACAGAGAGGUGAUGCCUGUGAAGGAGACAGUGGAGGACCUUUUGUAAUGAAGAAUCCUGAUGAUAACCGCUGGUAUCAGAUUGGUGUUGUCUCAUGGGGUGAGGGCUGUGAUCGGGACGGUAAAUACGGAUUCUACACUCACCUGUUCCGCAUGCGCCGUUGGAUGAGAAAGGUCAUCGAAAAAUCUGAUUCUACAGAUGAUGACUGAUGUCCUUGAGACCACACAAGAGUGAAACCAAUCUCUCUAGAAUUUUAUCCAACUGCAAAUAAAAUUUGAUUCUUCACAAUGUUU